UCCGGUUCUCAACAGGUGUGUAAGCGCGUGCGUGACUCAGUCGGUCAGACUGUCCACGGAGAAGUUCCUCUAACGGAGCUGAGACCAUUUCUGAUGGAGUGGCGAGAAAUGUGAGAAAUCUCGCGCUCGCGCUGUAAUCAGGUGAGCGUAGCGGACAGCAGGUUGAUCUGCAAGAGUCCACGCGAGGCUGCGGGUGACGCGCUGAAAAUGUGAAAUCUUCACGCAGGAUCUGAGGAUUCAUCACAGAGACCUGAAAGGAAUAUUUUUCUAAACCACAUGUGCAGGCCUGGCCAGGACGCGCUGACCUGAAUCGAUUCAUGGAACGUGUGAAGAGGUUCAGCUGCCCUCUGCAUGCCAGCCUGUAGAGGACGUUCAGUCUGCUUGGAGCAACAAGGACCGGUCUUCCAGAGAUGAGCAUGUUUGAGCCUGAUGAGAGUUUCCCCGUCCGGGGGAAGAGCGCCUCCAGCAUGAAGCUCCCUCUUCACUGCAGCGGGAAUGCUUUCCCGGUCUCCUCCUCCUCUUCGUCCUCGUCCUCCUCCUGUCUGGGGGAGUCGUCCCCCGAGUCCCUGCGGAGCCUGAGCAGCCUGAAUGGAGGCCGGACCGACAGCCCGCUGGACUACGACGUGCUGGAGGUCACCCUGAUGGCCACGGUGAUGACCAAUACCGACACAAUGACAGACGUAGUCCUGUCUAAAUGGCUUCCAGAGGAUGAAGGCCAACCACAUGAUGAUGAUGAUGUUGAUGGAAGAAUCCAGACCGCAGCAGAGCUCUUGGAUUCCAAUGACACGUCUGCAUCCGUUUACCUGGACGCCAACAGCAGCGAUUACCGCCAGGACAGCUGGGACGACAACCUGACGCUGUCUCUGGACACCAGCAGCCGUUACCAUGGCAACAGUGACGAUCUCAGCAGUGGUAGAAGGAGGCACGGCUCCUCCACUCCAGACUCGGAUGCAACAGAGAUCCCUGCUGAUGAUGAUGAUGAUGAUAAUGAUGGGGAGGAAGCUCUGUUUCUCUCCGUUAGCUCUGAUAUAUGUGUGACACUCACACAGGUGAGUUCUGCUGGAUCUACAGGUGCAACUGGGCUCCACACCGAGGGCCCCGAGGCCCUGAAGGGAACCCAGGAUGAGAGCUCAUCACAUGGACCAGAAGAAACUGAAGUUUCCAGAACUCUGGAUCCACCUGCACCUUCCGAGGAGCUCGGUGAAAACCCUCACACACCAUUUUCUAAACAUUCCCCUGAUAAUCCCGCUCCAGGCGCCACCACGCUCACAUCUCCGCCCGAGGAAGCCGACGGCCAUUCAGAAGCAUCCAAAGAAGCAAAAACCAAACCACCAGGUGCUAAUUCAGCUGUGAAACCAUCAAACCUGGAAGCUAAACGAGUUUCCAAACCGGACCUCAAAUCUGUCAAGACUAAAGUGGGAUCACGGUCCAACAUGUCCCCGUCUAAAACCCCCAGCCAGCAGAAUAAACCGACUCCAGCCACCGGAAGGAGAGCAGCUCCCAGGAAGGACGAGGCUGAUGGGAAUAAGAGAUCUCCUGUGGGUCCGGUGAAAGUGGCCGUUGUUUUAAAAAGCAUCAGAGGAAAGAGCAGCAACCUCAAAACCCACCACAAGAUGGCAGCAAGCACCCACCCUGCUCUGCCAGCGGCCAUCAGUCAAACUCGCUCUGCUUCCACCAGCUCUGUGAGCUCUGAGGUGGUGGGAGAAGGAUCCCGGGAUGCUCCCAGGAAGGCCACCCAGGAUGCACCUGAAGGUGUGGAGGUGACACAUCCAGGUAGAGAAGCAGGUGGCGCGUCUGUAGAGGAGCGGAAGCAGAAGGUGGCUUUGCUAAUGGAUGCUGCUGUGGAGAAACCACCGAGUCCCAGCAAGAAAGUCUCCUCCAAGCUGGGACCCGGUACCAGGCAGCAGGUGAGAGGAACCAGGCCUGAUAAGGCGCCUUCAGGACCGGGAUCAGGGACCGGACCUCCAGGGCAGGGGACGCCGGGAGAAGGUGGACAGACUGCUGGGAGGGGCUCUCCAACCCGAGGAAGACAGAACCAGAACCAGAUCCACAACCAAGGUAUCCCCAAACUUUGCACCCCUGCAGAGCGAUCUUCCACGCUCUGUGCUCAGAGUCCUGCAGCAUCCGUGGUCAAACCAGCAGCCAAUCAGCAGUCAGGAGCGGGGUCAGCUGGGCGACCUGCUGCCUCCACCACCUCCAAACUUCCUGUGAAAGGUUUAAACUCGAGUCUGAGCUCCUCAUCACUGGGAAGCAACGAGAACGAUGCAGCAACGAGCAAAGCCUCUUCAUCAGCUCCAGCGGGGACCAAGCCAGAUGAGCGGCCCAGCAGAAGCACGCCUUUUUCAGGCAGCCAGAAUGCAGCGAAGCCUCAAAGCUCUGGGACAGGAGCUCCCGGCACCAGCGCUCCCAGCGAUGCUGCUCCGAAGCCGCCCGCCAUGAGGAGCCGACCGCCGUCUCUGCAGGCCCGGACGUCGGCUACAGCUCUGAAGACCCCGACUGUCACAAGCCACAGUGUGACCAAGAUGGCCGCCGGUCAAGGGCUGAUGAAGCCGCCGCCACUGCUGCAGCGAGGCGGCUCAGCCAGACUCAGCCGAAUGAGCAGCGCAGUGGAGAAAAGCAAACCCCGGGAGGCGGCGGUGAGACCGGGGACCACCAGCGGCGGCUCCCAGAUCGCAGCGUCUGCAGCAGGAAACCAGCAGCUUCCUCCACCAGAACCAGUUCCAGAUGAGGUGAAUGCAAACACGCCGGCGACGCCAGCUCUCCCAGCUCCUCCCACUGAAGCUGCCUCCACCACAUCAGGCUCUGCUGGACCUGCUGGGCAUGGGUUCAAAGCAAGAACUGGGUCACGGUCCAGCCCUAAAACUGGACCCCGCCUUCAGAACUCAUCCAGACCCGGAGCAGGCGGGGCUACAGUGGCGGAGGGGUCGACCACAGCCAAACAGAACCUGAACAAAGAGCAGGCAGAGAGGAAGAAGCAGGCCAUCAGUCAGCUGAAGAAGCUGCUCCUGCAGGGCAAUCGGAGGGUGGAGGCCCUGGCUACAGUCAUCCAGCAUCUCUUCUCUGAGCGCGAAGAAACACUGAAGCAGAAGAAGGAGCUGUCGCUGGAGCUGUCCAGACUCCGGGAUGAGAUGGUGGCAUCGUCUCAGUGCUGCGAGCGCCUGCAGAGGGAGAAGGAGGAGGCUCGCGUCAGUCUGGAGGAGGCCCUGAAGAGGCUGGAGGAGCAGCACCAGGAGGAGCUGGUGCAGCUGGAGGACAGGUUGAGAAGUUUUUACCAGACGGAGUGGGACAAAGUCCACCUGGUGUACCAGGAGGAGGCUGAUAAAUACCGCAUGCUGAUGACGCAACAGGUGGAGGAGCUGAGGAGCCGUCAGGAAGCAGAGCGGAAGAACCAGGAAGUGAGUCACAGCCAGAAGAUGGAGUCUCUCAAACAGGAGUACGAGGCGUCCAUACAAGAGCUGAAGAGGAUCCAGCAGACGGAGCUGGAGGAUCUGCAGAAAACCCUGAAGGAGACGGAAACUUCUCUCUCUGAGAAGAUAUCCGAGCUGUCGGCAGAGAAGGACGAUCUGAGUGAGAAGCUGCAAGCUGAAGAGGAGAGGAGGCGGAUACUCAGCGACAAAACCCUGAAGGAUUCACACACCGUGUACCUGGAGCAGGAGCUGGAGAGUCUGAAGGUGGUGCUGGAGAUCAAGAACAACCAGCUGCACCAGAAGGAGAAGAAGCUGAUGGAGAUGGACAAACUGGUGGAGACCAACGUGAAGCUGGAGGAGUUACUGAAGAAGGUCCAGCAGGAGAACGAGGACUACAAGGCCAGGAUGGACAAACAUGCAGCCCUCUCUAAGCAGCUGUCCAGCGAGCAGGCCAUCCUCCAGCAGACGCUGCAGAAGGAGUCCAAGGUCAACAAGCGUCUGUCCAUGGAGAACGAGGAGCUGCUGUGGAAGCUGCACAACGGCGACCUGCUGGCGAGCCCCCGCCGCCUCUCGCCCACCUCACCGUUCAGCUCGCCGCAGAACUCCGCCUCCUUCCCCACAGCUGCGCCGUUAUCACCCAGAUAACCCGACCACACACCUGCCCAGCAGAAUAAGGGCCUUUACGUUCUGAGGGCAGCACAUGGAAGUUGGAAGCGAGGACGCUGUGGCGGCACCGUGCACUUAAACCAGAGCGUGGGACUGUCCUCGCUCCCGUCUCUACCAAAUGCCUGCUCAGACAAACUUGUCCUUGUUUCUUUGAAGGAAACUGAACAGCGGGCACACCUCAGGGUCUGUACAGAACCUCCACGUCGGCGCCACGCUCCUGUUGUUUUCUGUACAGCUGAAGUUCCUCUCGUCCUGUGUGCCCUCUUCAGAAGAUGCAGAUGAGGAAGAAACUGUGUGCUGGAUGGAGAUUUGUGGAGGCGAUAAAAUGACGGGUAUUUGAUGGAUUCUGAGAUUAUUUUGCCUUUUUUUUAAGAGGUUGAUGUUUUCCCAAAGAGCGAAGCUCAAUCACUGAUCCGUUGCGGACGUCUGGAAGAAUGGAUGAACUUGAUGUGUGUUUGUGGACAAACUGGAACAAUCUGACCUGAAUCAUUCACACCAACCUCUGAAGUGGUGGAUGUGUGUGUUCCUCUGUGUAAACUCCUCACUUCUACCUUAAUCUACUUUGUGGAAUGUAAUCACCCUUGGAUGUAAAACAUGGACGAAUAUGCAGUUUCUUUACAUAAAACAAGUCCCUGAAAUCACCUCGUGCCCUAAACGAUCCCAAACGAUGGCUCACUUUUCCACACUGGCCUGUUUUCCUGAUUGAAAACGUGUCACUUUGUUUGUCCUGAACCUCAGAUUUUACCCAGAAUGCCUCAGUGUGCAGUGUUCUGUUGUAUUUUGGACACAGAAUAAAAUCAUGCGAUAU